AUGGAUAUCAAAUCAGGGAUAGUCUCUUGGCCGUUUGCGUGUGCUGACGACUUGGGCAUCGUGCACAAGUUCAUCAGGACUAUAGACGCGCUUGAGGUGCUCAGCAUCAGAACUCUCGAGGAGGAUGUGUCUGGUCUUUGGCCAGUUAUUUUCCGACAAGCGGAUUCCUUAACAUCUUUGAUCUUUCGGCCGUACCACGAUUACAAUUUCAUCGCUGUAAAGCCGCAGACAGUGAGCGAGAUUGCAUCUCGGCUUCCUCAUCUGGUCCAUUUGGGGAUAGACGUCUCGUUGCAGGAUGCAGAAGCUGCACUGAAAGAGGUGGCUAAGCCCCGUACCCCGGGGCAACCACAAGAAGAGUCAUCUAUCGAUGAGCUUGUGAAGAUGAGCGGCCUCAAAGAAGUCGAACUAUUCAUCAAACUCUCGAUGGAGUCAUCUUCUUUUUGUGGACGAAACACCUUCAGCGCCGCCGGCACCACAUCAAACCCACCAAUCAAGCCCAGAGUCAGUCUUCGCCUAGCUCAAGGUAUUUUUGACAGGUUCCUCACUCACGAUGCCCAAUCUCCAAUUGAGAGAGUGAGCAUUCACUUUCUUCGCAACUGCUAUGAGGAUCGUGGCCAGUAUAGCGCACUACACUCGACAGCCUGGGUGGAAAUGAACGAAACAGGGUUUGAGAAACAAGUAGAUCGAAGCUGGCAGUCGGAUCCCGCGGAAAUGUCAAGCGAGGUUUGGGAGGAAAUUAGACAAGCGGAUUCUGAAUUCGCGGGAGGGGCUUAG